AAAGCAAGAAAGAAAAUUCUAGUGCAGCUUAGCUGAGUGCAGGAAUAAAAGUCAUACCUUCAGUGGCUUCAGUGCGUCUAUUUGGAUGCUCGGAGUAAUCAGCUGAUCGCGUUAUUGUGAACUGCAAAUACAAUAAGAUUACAUUGUGCCAUGGCAGCCAAGGAAGAGGAGAGAGUAAACAGUACAACUACUGAUGCAAAGAUUGAAGAGACACCAGAUAACUCAACAACGGAAGAUCCACCAACUAGUUUAGAGACCAUCCCUGAGGGAAACGCGACACGAAAUGAACUUCAGACAGCACCAAAGGACAAAUCAAAAAUUGAUAUACUGCUGAAAGCUACUGCCAAUGCUCCAAUUAUGAAACAGAAGAAAUGGUCAGUUUGUCAAGACAAUCCUAUCGGACGGAUCUCUGAAUUUGUAAAGAAGUAUCUCAAGCUGGAUCCCAACGAGAGAUUGUUUCUCUAUGUUAAUCAGACAUUUGCACCUGCUCCAGAUCAGACAGUCAAGAAUUUGUACGACUGCUACGGUGCUGAUGGAAAGUUGGUUAUACAUUACUGUAAGAGUCAAGCGUGGGGUUGA